AAGGCUCCACCUUUCCCUCAGCAUUCCAGAAAACAUUAUAUUAUUUUCUGAUAUUUAAAUGAAAGAAUCUUUCGACUGACAGGUGCUGAUGGAAUGUCCGCGGCACAGCAAUAGCGUUACUGUAUAGCGAUCAAGCAGUGACUAGCUCCAAGUUAGAGGAGCUGUCCGGUGGGCUGAAGCGGAUCAGCACUAGCACGUCUGGCCUCCACUCUCCGUGCUGUCCAUGGUGCUGAAGCAGAUCAGCACUAGCACGUCUGGCCUCUUCUCUCCGAGACAUCAUCCCUGGCCUGGGCUCGCAGUGGUAGCUCCCAAUCUGCUAUGCAUGUGAAGGCUGGAGCUGAGAGCCCGGCGAUUGGACGUCUUCACCAUUCAGUACGCGCUCUGGCUUGAUUGAAUACAGAGCUGCUGCGGCUGCUUCGUUCUCUGGCUUGUUGCUGGGUACUGUAAUAAUAAGGUGCCCGUGGACACACGUUCCUGCUUUGCAGACAAGCUGCCGUGACUUUGUGACAACUAUGGGAUAUCCAUGUGCUAUGUAACUCCUGGAACAUUACAGUAAAACGUGGGAGAGGGACAGAAGAAGUUACCGCAUAGACAUGCCACAGAUAAGAUGCAGGAUAAACUGAUGGUUUAAUCGUUCGUUACAGACAAUGUCCCAGUAAUUGCCCAUCUUCUGGGUAUGUAAAAGAAUAUCUUCACCACUGGAAUUUGUUUUUGUGGACCCCGGAUUUGCAGCUGAGGAAUAUAUUCAAGGGAAUAUUUCUCAAUCUAUUAACCUGAGACAGCUACUACAGAUAAAAUGGAUAUAAAAGUUCGAAGACACAGAUCUUUAACAAGAGGUCGGUGUGGCAAAGAAUGUAGAUAUACCAGCUCUUCAUUGGACAGUGAAAACUGCAGAGUGCCUACUCAGAAGUCCUACAGCUCCAGUGAAACAUUAAAGGUUUAUGAUCAUGAAAACAGAAUGCAUUAUGGGAAUCGUGUCUCUGACCUAGUUCACAGAGAGUCUGAUGAAUUUCCAAGGCAAGGAACUAACUUCACUCUGGCUGAACUAGGGAUAUGUGAGCCCUCCCCACACCAAGGUGGCUAUUGCUCGGGUAUUGGAAUACUUCACCAAGGCUAUGCUCUGAGUGCUGGAUCUGACAUUGACUCAGAUACAGAGGGAGGAAUGUCUCCAGAACAUGCAAUACAAUUGUGGGGCAGAAGUAUAAAAUCUCGGAGAAGCUCUGGUUUGUCAAGUCGGGAAAACUCGGCACUAACACUGACUGACUCUGACAAUGAAAAUAAAUCAGAUGAAGAGAACGUUAAUGUACCUGUGAAAAAGCAUUUAGAUUUUUUUAUUGAGCAAAUGGAGAACACAGAUGAGCCAAAGCUAAUUGCAGUAAAAUACAACUAG